UAUUGUGAUACUUGGAUUACGUUACUGAUGACAUUUUCUAUGAAGUCAUUUGUAACUGUAACAGAAUAUUUUUUUUAAGUAACUCUCCCAAUCCUGUUUAAACACAGCACUGCAAGAAAAAGAAGAAACGCAUAAUAAUAUGCAAUUCCAGUCAUUUUACUGACUUGCAUGAGGUAAUUCCUCCCAACAAUAAGCUGCGUGUUUUUUGUUUGUUUGUUUUUAGUGUUUUAACUGUUCAGUGUGCUUUUUGUGUUUGCAGUAUGUUAUGGCAGGGGUUCCCAAACUUUUCCAGGGCACGGCCCCCCAAAUGGCAUUAACAUUUGACCGAGGCCCCCCUUUUGCAAGAUGCCUUUAAAACACAUUAAAAAUACAAAGACUUCUGAAUAUAUCAUCCUUUUUUAUUAAUAAUUACAUCUUACAUCUUCCCAUUACAUUACAUUAGGUAAUUACAUUGUGUGUGUCUGUGUGUGUGUGUGUGUGGUUGUCUGAGCGUGAGAAAGAGAAAGCACACUAGUGGGAGGGAUGGGCUUGUUGGCUCCUACCAAAUUGUUGAGGCCCCCCGGGCGCCCCCUGGCGGCCCCCAAGUGGGCCGCGGCCCCCACUUUGAAACCCACUGUGUUAUGGUUUGCCUUAACUGAAUUUAACGUUUGUGUUAUAAGCGUCCUUGCUACAGAGCACGGACUACCCCUAGUGGUAGGAAACAGGUUAUAUAUCAAAUCCCAUACAGUUACACUGUAUAGUAGGAUAUAUCAAACUAAUGUUUAACACACACUUUACUACAUACACGGACUACUUUAAACUAGACUAAGAACUCAACAAUUGUGUACUGACACUUGUUAAAUAAGCGUGACAAAUCAGUUCAGUCAAUUUGCCCUGCUAAAAUGGGUUAAUACCCUACGGCUCCCUACUCACUGUGAAUGCAUUACAUAUGGUAUGUAAACGUUCUGCAAAUUUGUUUUCAGUAGCUUGGAGAUACAGCCUAUCAGUGGCUAGGAGGAAGAAAGGCAACACAACAGGCUUCUCUGUACGCCACAUCUCCAAACCAGGUAAGGUCAUGAAUAUUAAUGAGGCAGCGGACAGAACCAACCAACAUGUGAUUGGCUGGUUAAUCCUACCAGUUGUAAUGCGAAUCAAUACAGAAUGUUUUUAUUUUAUGUUAUGCAUGUAAAGCAAUGUAUAAAUAUAUAACGUUAUCAUUCGGAGAUGCAAUCAUUACAGAUCAUCAUUAAUGUAUUCAUAAAGAACAAGGAGGAAUAUUGUUGUAAAGUCCCAUAGAGAAAAAAAAAUGGAUAGAUAACCAUCAUUAGGCCUACUAUUAUGCUAGGGAGUUCUGGUUAUUAGUCUUCAGGUAAUUUAUAAAACAAGGUUUUGCCGUUGUUCAAAUAUAUCAGAGGAAAACUAAUUUAAUGUGGAUAAGGGAAAGCUAUCCACAAUAUAAGUCUGAAUUUGAAUGAACACACUCUGGGCUCUGACUUUUUUUUUUUUUUUUUGGCAGGAACGCAUCAUUCAGACUACUCAAAGACUUGGCGGAAGUGGAAAAAGUAUGAAACUAUCUUUCUUCAGCCAAUCACACAUCAGUCUGUUCGCUGUUUAUUAAUAUUCAUGAUUUUACCCCGGAGUCUGCUGCGAUUUGAAAUUUCGCUCUGUGUACAAACCAAUCAGAAUCAAGGGGCGGGUCAAAGGUGCUCUAAGUGGCAGAUUCAAACUGAACAUGGCGGCUGAGAAAGAUAACGAACAAAACAAACAGAGUAGAAGGGGAACAGUAUGUAAUAUAGUCAUUAGCCAGGAGAUGCCUCAAAGCCAGCCGGUUAUUUUCAACCCUGAUUUCUUUGUGGAGAAACUGAGGCACGAGAAGCCUCUGGUUUUCACUGAGCUCUUGCUGAGUAACAUAAGCAGGCUCAUUGAUUUACCUGGAGCAGAAUUUGCACAGCUCCAGGGAGAAACAGACCUCAAGCUCCCCGCUUCCACAGGCUUCCUGCGCCUACCCAACUUCCUGAAGCGUAAAGAGAAAGGAGUGAUAUUUGGGGCACCAUUAACUGAGGAGGGCAUUGCCCAAAUUUACCAGCUCAUAGAGUACCUUGGAAAAAACUUACAUGUGGAGGGCCUGUUCCGCGUGCCAGGGAACAGCAUCAGACAGCAGGCACUGAGGGAGAUACUCAACAGUGGUGCAGAUGUCGACCUGGACACGGGGGAUUACCACCCGCAUGAUGUGGCCACACUGCUAAAGGCAUUCCUGGGGGAGCUGCCUGAGCCACUGCUGACUCAUCGCCAUUAUCAUGCACAUCUCAAAAUAGCCGAGAUUACGUUGUUCGAUGAGAGAGGCAACAAGACGUCUGUGCCGAACAAAGAGCGCCAACUCGAAGCGCUGCAGCUUCUCUUCAUGCUUCUGCCUCCAGCCAACCGCAGCCUCCUCAAACUGCUGUUGGACCUGCUCUAUCAGACCGCCAAGCAACAAGACAAAAACAAAAUGUCUGCCUUCAACCUGGCACUAAUGUUUGCACCGCAUAUCAUAUGGCCCAAAAAUGUGACUGCAAAUGAUCUGCAAGACAAUUUGAAUAAGCUGAACAACGGCAUUGCAUUUCUUAUCAAGCAUUCACAGAAGUUGUUUCGGGCACCAGCAUACAUCAAAGACCAUGCACGGAUGCUCUUCUCCGGCUCUGAAACUCCUCAAUCAAAGGAUGACAUGGAGCUGUACGCUGGAGCUGGUGUUCGAGGCCUGCCCACUAAGAGAAGCAGUGAGGAGGAUGGGAGCCAGCUACACACACAAGAGGCUCUGCGUGAGCUUUUUCAGCAUGUCAGCAACAUGCCUGAAUCGACAAAGAAGAAGAAACUCAUUCGACAGUUCAACAAGCAGGGUACUCCAGUACGUGAAAGCCCUAGAGCUUCAAACCAAAAGCAUGGACGUUCCCGGUCAUUCGGAGGCCUCAUCAAGAGAAAAGUUUUGGGGAAUACAGUUACAAAUGAAAGAGCUGGAUCCGGGGUGAGCCAAACCAAAGAGGUGAACAAGGAAAACGGCUCCACAUCUUUCACAAGAACUCCUAUUUCUACGGAACAUCAUUCUAGUUUAAGCCUGUAAUUUUUUUUAUUUUAUUUUGUAAACUGAUAUUGGAUCAGGUUUAGGUAUAUAUUUAUUUGGGCUCAAUUAACAAAUGUGACCUCCAGCUUGUUAACUAUGCAAACAAGAUGAACUUCCAAACCAAUACAUUACAUGUUUUUUAUUUUCACAGGUUUUUCCAGUUGCAAAUGUCCCGAAUUAUUAAUCUGUUUGUGAAAGAUGUAUAUCUUUUAUAUAUAUAUAUAUUAUAUAUAUAAAAAAAGUGAAAAUUGUCCCAAGCAUGUAGCAUCUACUCAGAAAGGUCAGGAAUGGAAUAUGUAUUUAGAAAGGUCAAGCAUGUACUGAGAGGGUUUUUGUACAUUGGAAUUGUGUAAUUUGGGUUUCACUGGAUUUGAAUAUACAUCCAGAGAUUCAGGGUAGUAUAUGGAGGUAUGUGAAUCUAGAAUGACUAGACAUCCAGUACAUCCAAAACCAACACACUGCCAUACUAAAUAGUGUUUGUGUCCUCUUUUGACAUACUACUUGGUAUGGAUAUACAGAGUUUGGGAUGUAAUUGUGGUCUUAUUUCAAACUUUGUAGGCUACACAGCUAGUCACUCACUGAUAUUUAGAGCUGUUACACUGAACUGUUUGAUAUGUGAGAGGAUUUUUAAAGUUUGAUAUUGAACAUUGUACUUUUGGGAAAAGGGGAGAUGAACGGCGAUUAUUUCUGUAUCUCUGUGAACAGAAUGUGUCCUAGUUUACACUUACUGAUAUUCAACUUCUUUAGAGGCAUGUAGUUUUUCCCCACUGUAGGAUUUAAAAUAUUUUUAUGCUAUGAUAAAUUUAUGCCUCAUCACUCCAAAGCACACUGUACAGAAAUAACCCCAAGCCCAGCUUUGUGGAACAAG